UACUUUGUUUUCCAGGUGUUAAGUUAGUAGUUAUAAUGCAAUAGGGAAACUUGUUUGUUUUAAACUUUAGAUAAAGAAGCUCUAUCACAAAAGCAUGAAGAUAGCUACCACUGUAAAAUAUGCUCCCGUCAAGAACUGCCUCGCUUAUAUUUCUGCAACUUUGGUUCAAAACUUGUCCGCUACAAACGACGUACUUGCCGCUAGAGUGACUUUGGGUGAAAAAGUUUGCUACUUAAGUUUAGUGUUAUCAAACUCUGAGAAUAACUUGAAUGAGUUGGCAAUUAAUAGCUUAUAUGCAAAUAAGUUGAACAUAAAGGACAAUUCGACAGCCGUUGUUGAAGUUAUGACGAACGUCCCUAAAUGUUCAAUUGCGUGGAUGGAACCUGAGAGUGUCGAUGAUUGGGAGAUAUUGGAGCUCCAUUCAUCUCAAGUAGAAGACCAAUUAUUGCAACAAAUAAGAAUUGUGUGGCCUGGCCAGAUCUUCCCACUAUGGGUUGGUGGUAAUGUUUGCGUUUAUAUGAAAACUGCGAAAACUGAACCUUCCUCAGAAUGCUGUUUGCUUAUGCAUUCAAGUGAAUUGUAUGUUGCGCCAAAAGUAAAACAAAAUUCAGCGGAAAAACUUCAAAAACCUGACCACACAGUAGUUCCAUUGCACAGUGAGGACACUGCAGAUGAAGCAACAACUAAUUCGGUCCCAAAUUCAAGAAACGUAUCUACUUUGUUUCGGUAUACAUUAAUCCCACAGUUUCUCAACGUAAUAAAGUUUCUAUGCCUUUAUAUUUGGAGGCGGUUUCUGCCAAACUUAUUUUCCCAUUUUCGAUCCAUAUUCUUCCCUGCCCAGGUUGAAAAACUUUCAGUUGAUUUUACGAACUUUGAGUCAAGACUUGAAAGAAUUAAAGCACAAGUUGAGUUAACACCUGACAAUAUUGACUUUGUAGCAAGAGUGGAACCCAUUGACCAUGAACUAUUAAACCAAUCAUCUGUAUUGACAAGCGUUAUAAGUCAACCUGCUUUAGUUUUCUUGCAUUCAGAUUACGAUGUCAGCUCCAACUCCAUGGAAUAUUUGGUGUCUAUAUCAAAAGUACAGUCGCCUGUGGAAAGAAUUGAAAUUGGGAAAAAUAUGAAAAAAUCGCAACAAAAGUCUGAGAAAGAAUCAUCUGAUGUUGAAGGCACUUCGCAAGUUUGUGUUGCGCGUAUGUAUGUGCGCGGGCAUAACAAGUUUAACAUGAAUUGCUCAUGGAAUGGUUUAAAUGGAGUCCAGACCCUUAACGUUUCUUCUAUUUUAAGAAGGCAGCUCAACAUGGGUGUAACUUCAAGGGUCAGAGUUAAGAAACUAAAACAAACCCCAGAGUUGGGGAAUAAGAUUGAUGCGAUUAAUUUUUCGAUACUGCCUUGUGUGUAUGAUAGUGGGUUGGAUGUGAAAGUUGUUUCUGAUGCUUUUAUGGAAUGGUUGUCGCAUGUAAGUGAUGCAGAUAACAUGUUGCCGAUAUCAAUGGGUUCUUUGCUUUCGUUUCCACUAAAUGACGAUAGAGAGCUAGAAAUUGAAGUUGUAGUGAAGAGUAUAAACUGUGGGGAGGGUGUGAAACCAGAUGGAACAACCUACAUGUUGUGUGCUGACGAUCUUGAAAAUGUGGUUUUGAAUUUUACUCAAGAUAAAGAAACCUUAAUAGCUGUUGAAAUGGACGUAGAUGUAAAACUGCCCACACAGAAUAUGCUUCUACACUGCCAAGGGCUGGAACCUGAGGUUAAAGCACUUGUAAAGUUCGUUGAGACAGCUAUAUCUACCAGGCCCCUGCCUAAUGCUUUAUCAUUGCAUGGGGCGGGGCUGAGACCAACGUGUGUGUUGGUCACUGGUGGCAAAGGGGUUGGAAAAUCUACUUUGGGAAGAGCUGUGUUGCGUAAGUUUGGGCUGGAAGGUUCAGUUCAUGCUUUUGUUCAUUGUGUUUCGUGUAGCGUUUUAAGAGGAAAGAAACCGGAUAAUAUUCGGAGAUUAUUCAAUAAAGUUUCACUUGAUCUUCGCUGGAGGGAGCCUUCUGUUCUUCUCCUUGAUGAUCUUGAUCUUUUGAUCCCUGCAUCCACAUCAGAGGAGGAGGGAGCAGGGGAGGGAGUUUAUAAUCUUCAGCUCGUCUCCGUUGUGAAGAGUUUUCUUCAUUAUCUGAUGGGGAGGACCAAACAUGGAUGGGGUUUGCCAUACAGAGUAUGUGUGGUGGCCACCUGUCAAUCAAAAUCAGCUGUCCAUCAAUCAAUAAUGACAGGUGGGAAUCAUGUGUUUAGUAAAGUCAUUGAGAUUGAUCUCCCGAAUAAAUCAGUAAGAGAAAAGAUGAUAAAAGCUUGUGUGGAAAAUUACACAGAGUUUGAACCGCCUUUGAAUCUAGAUGAGGUUAUUUCUAAAACUGAGGGUUUUGCAGCUGCUGAUCUGGAGCUUUUGGUCCGUAAAACUUGCCACUGUGCCCAGAUGAAAUUAGCGGGACCAGAUUCAAAGUCGUCACAACUUAACCAAGAAGAUAUGUUGGAAUCUUUGAGUGGUUUCACCCCUGCUUCACUACAGAAUGCAAAGUUACACAAGCCGUCUCCUCUUACUUGGGCAGAUGUGGGUGGGUUGGAGAAAGUUAAAGAGAAAUUGACAGAACAACUUAUUUGGCCGAUUAAAUAUAAGCAUUUAUUUGAUGGAUGCGGGUUGGAAGCAAAUUCUGGCGUUUUGCUCUUCGGACCUCCAGGAUGUGGGAAGACAUUGAUUGCAGGAGUUGUUGCCAAUGAAUGUGACCUUAACUUCAUAUCUAUAAAAGGACCAGAAGUAUUGAGCAAGUAUAUAGGGGCAAGUGAAGCUGCAGUGAGGGAUUUAUUCUCAAGAGCAAAAGCAGCAGCACCGUGCGUUUUGUUUUUCGACGAGUUUGACUCUCUGGCCCCUCCUAGAGGACACGACAGCACUGGAGUUACAGAUCGUGUCGUAAACCAACUUCUAACACAUCUUGAUGGAGUAGAGCCUCUAGUAGGGGUUACAGUACUAGCUGCUACCAGUAGACCUGAUCUACUGGACUCUGCAUUACUUAGACCUGGGAGGUUGGAUAAUCUUCUUUAUUGUCCUCUUCCUGAUGAAGAAGAGAGGGAAGACAUCCUCAGAUCUUUAUCGCGAAACCUCCCUCUCCAUGAUGUAGAUUUAACUACAGUUGCAAAACAUUGCGAGAAUUUCAGUGGAGCAGAUUUGAAGGCUUUGUUAUAUAACGCUCAAUUAGAAGCAGUCCAUGACUCCAUUGAUGCGGCAAAAGUUAAUGAAGAUUUAAAUCUUCCUCCUACAUCAUUUCCCGCUCCUUCCUCAACUUCUACUCUCUCCUCUAAGAUGGAGAUUGAUGAUCUAUAUUACAGCAACGGGUUUUCAAACAUGGAGAAAUACGACGAAGGCCGAAACCAAGCAAUAUCAUUAACAUCAAUAGAUGAAAUAAAAGAGACAGCUGCGCAGUUGAUAAACUCUCUUGUUCAAGAAGAUACCGACCCCCCAAGUGAGGACGACUUUAAAGAGUCGUACAGGAUUUGUUUCGACGAAAAUCGGAAAUAUGAGAAGUCUAAAAAAGUUGUUGAGGAUUGUAAACUCAUUUAUUUCCCCUCCAUGUAUCAAGGCAGGAGUGGUGAAGUCCCUGAAUCAAUUCUCAAUUCUGCGCAAAUUUUAUCGCGUUCUGUGAACCACAACGAUGCCGGAAAUUUUUCGAAAAGUUUGAAAUCGAAUACUCCACCUUUAUUGGUUGAGAGUCGUCACAUGACUGCAGCGAUGGGAUCAACCAAGCCGUCACUUUCAAUUAAGGAAAGAAAUGAACUUGAGAGGUUGUACGAAAAGUUUACAAGGUCCAGGGAAAGAGGGCAGACGUCAAGUCAGGAUUAUUACAAAGGGGAACAAAGAGCCACUUUAUCCUAAUCAUAAUAAA